AUGCCGCCUCAAUUGAGACUGAACGCCGUCGCGUUCGUGUCCCCUCAAAACCACCCUAUCCUCAUCCGCACGUUCGUCCAGGGCCCGGAUGAGCUGAAGUACCACUAUAUUGCGCACACCAGUCUGGACGUCAUCGACGAACGCAUAACGGCGGCGAUGUCGUCCAAGUCGACUGAGUGCUACAUGAACCUGCUGUACACGAUGGAGGACGUUGCGGUCUAUGGAUACAUGACGCCGCUGAAGGUGAAGAUCAUCAUCGCCCUGGCCCUGACGGACGCCGUCGUACGGGAUGCGGACAUCCUGACGAUAUUUAAGGCGCUGCAUACCGUGUACCGCCAGUCGGUCGCAAACCCAUUCCUCAGGUUGAGCGCUCCCAUCGACGGUUACAACGACAAUGCCGCACUCUUAGCGGCAGGCAGUCCGAAGUGGAAAGCCUUUAGGAAGCGGGUAGACGACAUAGGCAAGGCUGUAGGUGCCGUAGCAGUGACCGCCUGACCGAAUCAUACUCGUGCGUGUUACCGCUCCCGGUGUGCCUUCUCUUCGCCGGUCAUUAUCCCCCGAUGAUGAGUCCUAGGGCACGCAGAACCAACAACGAUCAGCGCCCUUUUAUUGACUCAGCAUCCUUGCACACACCGGUUCUGAGACAGAUACGGGGCAGACAACCACAUACAUAGUCAGCACGUUUAUUCCGUCUACGCGAGUAUCUCCACUCUUCCCGCGCCGCUAUUCAAUACGAUGCUUCAAAGACAAC